AUGAAGGUGGAGUACAGAAGCAGGAUGCUAAAACAACGUCGAAAGCGAACUGGAAAGACCAGACUUUUGCCACUUACAAAUGAGCAAAUUCGAUUGUUGGAUAAGAUUGACUUUCCUUGGAAUCCGAACAAAAAAGGCAUAAAUGAGAGAGUCUGGCAUAUCAAGUACCAGGAAUUAGUUGGCUUUUAUGAGAAACAUGGACAUCUGAAUGUGGAUUAUGGAAGCAGUCUUUAUCAAUGGAUCAUCCGCCAGCGUCAAAGACGUAAUGGCAAACAUUCGCCACUUACGGAUGAGCAAAUCCGUCUGCUGGAUGACGUUGACUUUCCUUGUACUCCGAAUUCUACUCUCAUGGUCUGGCAUAUCAAGUACCAGGAAUUAGUGAGAAAUAUGGACACCUGA